UUCCCGUCACACGUCCCGAUCUCCUCACCCACGGUACCUCUGACCCCUUUGAGCCGGCAGUUUCCACGCCUCGGGUUUCUGGGUCCCACUCGGUAGUCCAAUCCCCGCCGUCGAUUUCCGAAAACAAGCGGCCGCGUACGCGUCUAUUUAUUUCUCCCGCCCGCCUGCCACUCUUCCGCCGCCCCGCUCGCGCUCUCUCUCUCUCUCUCCUUCGUUGUCUCGUCCCCGACGAGGGCCGUCCUUCUCCCUCUUCCCAUUACGUUCUUCGAGGAUUGGCGACAAGAUUUGAUUUUACCCCCAGCGAUGGCAGUGGCCACACAGUUUGGUGGUCGAUCCUGUUGUGUUGUGGUUAAGAGGGAUUUGUCGACUUCUCUUUCUUUCUCUUCGAGCUUCCAGAGUAAGCUCGGAUUUGAGUCGUCUUCGAGGUCACUCUGUCGGCAGAGGGAGGGGAUAUGCGGGAAGAGGAGAGUUUUGAAGGUGCGUUGCGAGAGAAGGGUUUCUGCCGUUGUGGAGAAGGAUGUGGCCUUGAGGCAAGGUGGUGGUGGGAAUCCUGCCCAGCUCAGCAUCGUGAUGAAGUUUGGCGGGUCGUCAGUAGCUUCAGCUGAGAGGAUGAAAGAGGUUGCUGGCCUCAUUCUUAGCUUUCCCGAAGAACGACCAGUGAUCGUGCUCUCUGCCAUGGGCAAGACGACAAACAAUCUUUUGCUGGCUGGAGAACAGGCGGUUUGCUGUGGUGUUUCUAAUGUAUCUGAAUUGCAUGAGUUAAGCUUUGUGAAAGAGUUGCAUCUCAAGACAGUUGAUGAGCUUGGGCUUUAUAGGACAAUUAUUUCUGGUUUUCUGGUUGAACUAGAGCAACUUCUGAAAGGCAUUGCCAUGAUGAAAGAACUAACACCUCGCACAAGUGACUAUCUCGUUUCCUUUGGUGAAUGCAUGUCUACGAGAAUUUUUGCAGCAUAUUUAAACAAGAUUGGCACUAAAGCACGACAGUAUGAUGCAUUCGACAUUGGUAUUAUUACCACAGAUGACUUUACAAAUGCUGAUAUCUUGGAAGCAACUUAUCCUGCUGUUGCAAAGAGGUUGCAUGGUGAUUGGACUAAUGAUCCAGCAAUUCCAAUCGUUACUGGUUUUCUUGGAAAGGGUUGGAAAUCUGGUGCAGUAACUACCUUAGGCAGGGGUGGAAGUGACUUGACUGCCACAACUAUAGGUAAAGCUUUGGGUUUACGUGAAAUUCAGGUUUGGAAGGACAUUGAUGGUGUUUUAACAUGUGAUCCUAAUAUAUAUCCAAAUGCAAAGCCUGUGCCUCAUUUGACAUUUGAAGAGGCAGCUGAACUUGCCUAUUUUGGAUCACAGGUGUUGCAUCCCCAAUCAAUGCGGCCUGCCAGAGAAGGCGAUAUACCUGUUAGGGUCAAGAAUUCAUACAACCCUCAAGCUCCUGGAACUGUCAUCGAUAAAGUGAGAGAUAUGAGCAAGGCUGUACUAACCAGCAUUGUGUUGAAGUCAAAUAUUACAAUGUUGGACAUUGUGAGCACUCGAAUGCUUGGACAAUAUGGUUUUCUAGCAAAGGUUUUCUCUAUUUUUGAAGACUUAGGAAUUUCUGUCGACAGUGUGGCCACAAGCGAAGUCAGUGUAUCUUUGACAUUGGAUCCAUCUAAACUCUGGAGUAGAGAAUUAAUUCAGCAGGAGCUUGAUCACGUAGUCGAGGAGCUCAAGAAGAUUGCUGUUGUCAAUCUCCUUCAGCACAGAUCAAUAAUCUCCCUUGUCGGAAAUGUUCAGAGGUCUUCUUUGAUACUAGAGAAGGCAUUCAAUGUUCUUCGCAAGAGUGGUGUGAAUGUCCAAAUGAUCUCUCAGGGAGCAUCAAAGGUCAACAUUUCCUUGGUGGUUCAUGAUAGCGAAGCAAAGCAGUGCAUCAGAGCUCUGCAUUCAGCCUUCUUCGAGAAUAGCUCUCUGCCAGAAGUAGAGGAAGCUGACUUUUACCAAAAAGUCUCCUGGAAACCUCCUGUGCCAUCACAAACUGAAUUGCUGUCUGCAGAAGCAUAGUGUAACUUUUCCUUGGCCGAUUUAUCUAUCCAAGUCUGCUUAAUCCAACUGAUUUCCAACCCUGUAGGUGUCUAAGCUGCGGACGCAAGCUUCUUCACCAGAGAGGUCAAUUUGCAUGUGGCAACCAGCGGUCCGUAACCUCACAUUCUCUAUAUCAACUAUAAUUGAAUGAAUUGUCCUCAUGGAAUAUGCUUUAAUUUACAAGUCAAGAGUCAUCUAGGAAACUAGCUUUGUUUGAGUGUGUAAUUAUAUUUUAUGUAUUCUAUCCUAUCUGGUAUGUACCCAUGUGGAUGUUCUCUGCAUGCAGCUGCUUACUAUUUUCUUUUCAAAGAUAA